CCGUCCCCGUCCCCAGGUCGGCGGUCCCGGUGCCGCCCCUCGGCCGCGCCCGCCCCCUCGCUGCUUCGGCGGCGCGGCGACGCGGUGCGCGGCAGAGCCGGCGGGGCUAUGGCUGCGGAGGAGGUGCUGCAGGGCGCGGACCACUACAAGAGCGAGAUCGAGCGGCUGACCCGGGAGCUCUCCGAGACGACCCACGAGAAGAUCCAGGCGGCGGAAUAUGGGCUGGUGGUGCUGGAGGAGAAGCUCACCCUCAAGCAGCAGUACGACGAGCUGGAGGCGGAGUAUGACGGCCUCAAGCAGGAGCUGGAGCAGCUGAAGGAGGCAUUUGGACAGUCUUUCUCGAUUCACCGCAAAGUGGCUGAAGAUGGAGAAACACGAGAAGAAACUCUCCUCCAGGAGUCUGCAUCAAAAGAAGCUUAUUACCUGGGGAAGAUUUUGGAGAUGCAGAAUGAGCUGAAGCAGAGCAGGGCGGUGGUCACCAACGUUCAGGCAGAGAAUGAGAGACUCACUGCUAUUGUCCAAGACUUGAAAGAGAAUAAUGAGAUGGUGGAACUGCAGAGGAUACGAAUGAAGGACGAAAUUCGAGAGUACAAGUUCCGAGAGGCGAGGCUCCUGCAAGACUACACUGAACUUGAAGAAGAAAAUAUCACUCUGCAGAAGCUUGUAUCCACGCUGAAGCAGAACCAAUAUUAUGAAUGUUCUUUGUCUUGUCUAAUUCAGGUUGAAUAUGAAGGCUUAAAGCAUGAGAUAAAACGAUUUGAGGAGGAGACAGUAUUGCUUAAUAGUCAGCUAGAAGAUGCCAUCCGGCUGAAGGAGAUUGCUGAGCAUCAGCUGGAGGAAGCCCUGGAAACUUUAAAAAAUGAAAGGGAGCAAAAGAACAAUCUGAGAAAGGAGCUCUCCCAGUACAUCAACCUCAAUGAUAGUAUGUAUAAUAACCAUAUUAAUAUAUCAGUAGAUGGAUUAAAAUUUGCAGAAGAUACGAGCGAGCCCAACAAUGAUGACAAAAUGAAUGGACAUAUCCAUGGGUCUCUUGUGAAACUUAAUGGUGACUACCGAACCCCCACGAGUAGGAAAGGAGAAUCUCUGCACCCCGUCUCUGACCUCUUCAGUGAGCUCAACAUAUCAGAAAUACAGAAACUGAAGCAGCAACUCAUGCAGGUGGAAAGAGAAAAGGCCAUUCUCCUGGCCAACCUGCAGGAGUCUCAGACGCAGCUGGAGCACACCAAGGGAGCCCUGACUGAGCAACAUGAGCGAGUCCACAGGCUCACGGAGCAUGUCAACGCCAUGAGAGGCCUGCAGAGCAACAAGGAGCUGAAAGCAGAGCAUGACUGUGAGAAGGGGCGAGACCCCAGCGAGGAAGCACACGACUACGAAGUGGACAUCAAUGGUUUGGAGAUCCUAGAAUGUAAAUACAAAGUAGCUGUUACAGAAGUGAUAGACCUUAAAGCAGAAAUCAAAGCCUUAAAGGAGAAAUAUAAUAACUAUGUGGAAAACUACACUGAAGAAAAGGCCAAGUAUGAGAGCAGAAUCCAGACUUACGAUGAACAGGUGACAAGCCUAGAGAAGUCAACCAAGGAAAGCCAGGAAAAGAUGGUCCACAUGGAAAAGGAGUUACAAAGGAUGACAAGCAUAGCGAAUGAAAACCACAAUACCCUCAACACCGCCCAGGACGAGCUGGUGACGUUUAGCGAGGAGCUGGCUCAGCUCUACCAUCACGUCUGCCUGUGCAAUAACGAGACACCAAACAGGGUCAUGUUGGACUAUUACAGGCAGAGCAGAGUUACCCGCAGUGGCAGCCUGAAAGGCCCAGAUGACCCACGGGGUCUCCUUUCCCCACGGCUUGCCAGAAGGGGAAUGGCAUCGCCUGUAGAAGCCAGGACUCCGACCGAGCAGGUGACAAAAGAGGCCACAGAGCCUGGCAAGGAGCAGAGCCCAACGAAAACACCUACAAUUUCCCCUGUCAUCACUGCCCCUCCUUCCUCCCCCGUCUCCGACAGCAGUGACAUUCGCAAAGAGCCGAUGAACAUCUACAACCUCAAUGCCAUAAUAAGGGACCAAAUCAAGCAUUUGCAGAAAGCUGUAGAUCGGUCACUGCAGCUGUCGCGCCAGCGUGCUGCAGCCCGGGAGCUGGCGCCCAUGAUUGAUAAAGACAAGGAGGCCUUAAUGGAAGAGAUUCUGAAACUGAAGUCCCUCCUGAGUACAAAGCGGGAGCAGAUAGCAACCCUGAGAGCAGUGCUGAAAGCCAACAAGCAGACAGCUGAAGUGGCAUUAGCCAAUCUGAAGAAUAAAUACGAAAAUGAAAAAGCUAUGGUGACUGAAACCAUGACCAAACUACGAAAUGAAUUGAAGGCUUUGAAGGAGGAUGCAGCAACCUUCUCAUCCUUGAGAGCAAUGUUUGCAACCAGGUGUGAUGAGUAUGUCACGCAGCUGGAUGAGAUGCAAAGGCAGCUGGCAGCUGCAGAGGAUGAGAAGAAGACCCUAAACUCUCUGUUGCGCAUGGCUAUCCAGCAAAAACUUGCCCUUACCCAACGACUGGAGGAUUUAGAGUUCGACCAUGAGCAGUCCCGACGCAGCAAAGGCAAGCUUGGAAAGAGCAAGAUCGGCAGCCCUAAAGUAAGUGAGGAGGCAUCAGCCACCGUGCCAACCAUAGACACUUUCCUCCUGCAUAGUCAGGGCCCACAGCAACCAAACUUACUGGUCAGCAGUGGCACUCAGAGGAAAAGACUAUUCUCACCUUCCCUUUGUGAUCAGAGCCAUCCCAGGACUUCAGGGACCUACCUCCAGAAAUUAUUAAGAGCCCCCCCUCAUCCCGCCUCCACAGAAUCAUAUCUUCUGAGGGGUCCCCCUUCCAUGAGUGAUUUCAUCCAUGGGCACCGUCUCAGCAAGGAAAAAAGGUUAACCGUGGCCACACCAGGUGUCUUUCAAGGCUGAUUUACAGAAUGGCAUUUACUUCUCAUGAGAAGAGACUAAUGUGGAAGAUAAAGACAGCAUAAGGAGUGCCAUAUAAUAGCACAGCUGCUCAAGCACUCAGCUCAUCAUUUCUCAUACAUAAUUAAAAGUAUAUAUAAAUACUUACAUAUAUUCUUAAUAAAAAAUCAUCCAAAACUAAUUUCUGCUGUAGCUCUAUUCUUACAUUCAAAUCAAAUAUGAUUAACAAUUUGAUGCAAAUAACUAGUUUUUACCUAAUGGUUUGCAUUCUUACCAUCAAACUCAGCUAAAUUUGUGUAAUUCUAAUGCUGAAGGAAAUUCUCACAGAACAAUAUGAUAAUAAAUACUAAUAGAUUAUCCAAGAACUAAUUUACACCAUUUGAAGGUAGAAAUUACUUCUCAAAACUGACAAGGAAAACAAUAACGAAAGAAACUCAAUCGCCCAAACAUAGAGGUCCUAAUAAGACUCUCAAUUAUGUUUUUAAUUUGGGACACAAGGUGAAUUGCUUAAGAGUUGUCUUUGUGAACUGCCCUUUUACAGGUAGUGGUUUCACCUAAGAAAAAUAAGUUAGAAACCUGGGAAUGCACAGUCUUAAUAAUAUGAGGAGCAGUGGAUUUUCUGAGUAGAAUAGUCAUUAUAGGGAUAGAGGUAUAGGAAAUGCAAGGUGUUGUGUAACCUCUCCUGCCAGAAGAGUUGGGCAACACAUUCUGCUGCUAUUUUCAUUUCUUCGUACUGUAUGUUGAGCUCUUUCUAGGUGUAGCAUUUAGGAAAUGAUUUUUAAGAAAUAUUCUAUAAAUUGAUAUUCUGUGUGAAACCAAAAGCUCAUCAUUUUUCUCAUAUAUAUAUUUCUUAAAAUAACGUCGUUGUGGAAGUUGUCACCUGGGACAAGAUUCUUGGCUUCUGUCUCAGCUUUUUCACAUUGUUUGAGCAUUGGGAAGAUAUGGAAAAUAUAUUCAAUGAGAAUAUUGUGGGUAGAAACUCUUGGUAGGAGAUGAAGCUGGCUUUCCCCUUGCACUUUGGAUACAGUGUUUGGGAAAAUGAUCAGGAGUGGUUCAGGCUGAUGCUACUCUCAACAGAGGAGGCUGUCCACAGAGAAGACCCAUACACCUUACAGAAAUGGGAAGGUAGGGGGAAGGGGAGAAUGUUUUUUUAAUACACUUCUUUCAAUUUUGAAACAGUUGGACUGUCAGAAAUAUGAAGACUGAAGAAAGCACAGCUUAUUUUAAAAAUGAUUGUGGAAGAAGUCAUUUGAGGAACAUUAUCAGAUGAGAACUGAAUUUUGUUAGGAGUGUGCUUUGUAGAUCUUCAUAAUUGAUCAGGUCAUCCUGUGAACUGUUUUUAAAGUAGUAUUUUACUUCUCCUGUGCAAGUUAUCUCUGAGCUUGUAUAAUCAAGCAGGUUACUGGCUAUGGCAAGGCUCAUGCAAUAUUGAUAUAACAAGUCUCUGCUCUUCAUAGAAAACAGAUUUUAUGUGACUUUUACCAGGGUUUUGAAAACUUAGAGGGUUUUCUUGUUUGUUUGUUUUUAGCUGAACGUGAUGCUCUUCGCAGAAAGGAUAAUUCAGUCAUUAUUACCUGUGUUCCACUUUUUGUUCUGCAUUAUUCUAUUUUCUGUGACUUUUGUAAAUAUGACAUAUCUGUGUAUAUAAGUCUUCAUUGUUUAAUGAGUGUUAUUAGUGCAUAUAUACAGAUAUAUGUAUAUACUUUCUUGCUCUUGGGGCCAUGUCGUGCAUCUGAUAUGCUCAUUUAACAAAGCUUAAUGAGCAUUACAUGUUUAUGCCAUUUCAAGCAUGGUACAUUGUCCUUGUGAAGGCCGUUUUGAAUUUGAAGAACAGUAUCCUUGCCAAGGACAUUAGUUGGCUGUAACUGAUGAAGAAGUCAGCUAGCUAAAUGUACUUUUACCUCUUGGUGCCACUGUGAACAGGACUUUUUUGCUCUAUGCUUUUCCUCUCUUUCACUUAGCUUUCCAGUUACCACAGAUGAAACCAAAAUCAUUUCAUGCUGUUCAGUAUAAUUUAGCUACUUCGACAUAAUUUAGCUACUGUGUCAUGAAUUCACUGCAAUUAUAUGGGUUACAUUGAAUUCUUACUUGUAUUUUUCCCUACGUAAAAAGUGGAUCCAAAAUAAAACCUCUUUUAAUAGAAAUCCAAAUCUGUUCCUUGGAAGAUUUGGAAAAGAAAAAAAGAAAGAUUGCAGUGAAACCCAUGCCUUACUGUUGCAUAUUUUCAUCAAAAGGUUAUUGACAUUUUUCCUUCUAUAUCCAAGUUAUGAUCUCCUGUUAGCUGGAAUAUUAUAUAUAAACAUCAUUUGUUGAAGUUCUCCAGUAAAUUUUUAUUAAACUCCUGGUUGUUUCUAACAAAAUAAGUGUGCAGGUGAUACAUCGUAUUUUAUAGGUGUAUUACCAGAUAUUUCUUGCUUUCUGUGAAAAUUUUGGGCUUUGGAAUCCAAUGUUAUCUAUUAGCUAAAACAGCGCUACAAGUUUCUUGAAAAUGUUGGUAACAAAAAUCAUCUGUCUUUAUCUUCUUUUAUGACAAGGUUUAAUGUGGUUUCACGACUUACUGAUUUUUACCAUCAAAUAUACAGGAAUAUUCAAUAUUGCGCUUCUCAUCUCAUAAAAUAGGCAAAGCAGAAGUGAGUAUCUGUUUAAAUUAGACACACUGGUAUGUUAGCUCUCUGAUAGAGCAGUUGCUUGGGUUGUUGUGAUAUAUGAAGUAAGUUCACCAGAAAUCUUUAAUCAAAACGAGUAUCCCUAAUAAUAACUAACUUCCUGCCUGCAUUUUUAGACCUAUGAAAACUUUUAUCUUACGUUGUUUCUUCCAAAGCCUACUAAAGCUGUUAUUCCCAUUAGCUUCAAGGUUUGGAUUGGGUCCUUCUUUUCCUGUAAAAUACUGCAAAUAUUUUUGGUUUAGGUAUAUUUGUGACCUAUAUCCUAGACACUAAGGUUUCCAUAAAAAAUGGGUAAUCAUCUAGACAGAAAUAUGAUUUAUUUUAAGACCUUCCUUUUCCUCUUUUGCAGUGUCUAAAAUGUGUGUGUCUGUUAGUGAAUAAGUAUUUCAUGACGCAUCAGAUCUUUCUAAAUGUGCUUUUUAUGAACUGUGUAUAAAAGAAACUGAACGUAUGUAUUCUUUCAGCCUCUACCCAUUCCCAUUUCUGCUGUUUUACUAACCCAUUAUUUAGCUUCUUGACAGAUUUAAUGAGGAAUUAUUUAAAGCAUUCACAGAAACUAUUUGAAAAAUGACAUAAACUCAUCAUGAUAUAAAAAGUGUGAAAAAACCUACAGAGUUGACAAGAAGUCUUUUAAUGUUCUUAGUUUCUACUUGGAGAAUAAAUGCAUCUCACAGAUUUUAUUAAUGAUUAAAUAAUAUUAAUAGCUACAGUAAAGAGCAAGGCUGGCAUAUAGCUUUGAUAUCUCAGUAUCGAAGCACAUGGAUUGAUGGGGAAACAGCUCUCAAGGUUGGGGAUAAUUCAGAUCUAAAAAUAAAGUAGAAGUCAAGUCAUGCAAGAUAAGAGGAGAGAAAGUAUUUUGUUACUGUUGCGUAGAUGAAAGAGUUCACUCGAAUAUAGCCAAGACACCUGACAUAUAGGAACCCACUGAAUAAGACAUCUGCUGGGCUAUGUCUGUCAAUGUGAAUGUGUCACAUUGGGUGUAAAGUUGUUGAUGAUGCUCCAUGAGCUGCAUUGUGGAAUUCAAGUAAGGUAGAUAGCACUUUUCUAAAAGCUAUAAGAAAAUAGCUAUUAGAUACCCUGCUUGUUCAAGCAAGCUCAGUCAUCUGGUUUUAAUUCUGAGAAGCAGUUAGCAAGUGGCUUUCUGUGAUGUUUACUCUGAGACUAUUCUGUCUGACCUCAUCUGGAAGGUAAACGGGAGAAAAGAGGAGGAGCAGGUGUCAGAAGCUUGGGAGUGCAGAAACAGAGGGACAUUCCUGGGCCACAUCGGAAGACAAUGAACAAGCAGAAGUAACAGGAGAUUAAGAUUUCUGAUGUAUCCUACUGCUGACCUAUUGCUUCUAGGUGCAAUACGUAGAUAUUGCUGAUGCCUUCAGCUGAGUGUGCAAGUGAGAGUUCAGCAGCAGGCUCGCAUCUCUUACCAUUUAUUCUUCAAAUAAUUAUUGAGAAGACUAAGAAACAGGUUGUGGAAGGAUUCUUUUUUGUUGCUGUUGCAACAUCUCCAACCAACAAUAAUCUUAAGUCACCAAAUUUUUCUAAAUAGUAAGUCUAAGAUAUGAAUUACUUGGAUAUUUGUAAGGCUUGAAAUAAAAAUUUCAUAGUAGGUCAUAUUCACUAUGAACUAAGUCAAAACUGAUACCUGGUUGAUAAAUUUGUCUACCUACAAUCAACUAUCCAUCAACUAUCCUUUUUUUUUUUCUUUUUCCCAGUUUAAUGGGAGGAUAGAACACAGGGAAAAACCCAAGGGAUCUGAGUACUGAAAAAUGUUUAAGAGCUAACGUACCACUGGUGAAGUUUAUGUGGUGUGCUAUAGCUGCCAGAAGAGGACUGGCUCUCAUAGAGUUGUGCAGCAUCUCUGUGUCAUGACUCAGGUCCCGUGGCACUACUGGUUUUGCUCUUAGGUCAGGACAACCCAAGUCAAUCCUGCUCUAUGAGAGCUGAGGUGUGUAAGGCUGGCCAGGCUCUGCACAGAGCCUGUGUGAUGGCUCCUCUGGAGUCCUCUCCUGCCAGGAAUACCCUGCAGAAACACAGAACUGCACCCAUUUUGCAGCUGACAGGCUUCCCAGCUGGAACUUUGUACAGGACAAAAGUGACUGUGUUAUUUCCAGACCCAAACUGACCCUGGAAGCAGGAGAAGGGAGAGACUCUUCUGAUCUUUGACCUGUACCAUUGUUCAUGCCUUUUUCCUAAGGAAGGACCAUAGCUGUCCUCUCAUCAGCUGUUCUUUGCAAUUACUGUUACUACUUAAAGUUCCUCUUGGCUUUGAAGAAGGUCAAAGUUUUCUUAUAAAACCAGAAAUAAAUGAUAAAUGAAACUAGCUAAGUCAAAUAGCUUAAACAUUUUUUUCAUGAAUAUGAUAUAUAUAUAUAUAUAAGAAGAUUUAUUUUUUUUCCUCUAGACAUAAACAGCCAUGUCUCAUCCUAGCAGACUGGAGUUUGAAAGCACCUCUACAAAUCUCAACUCAGCAAGAUGGGCAUGUGUUUUACUAGCUUCUACCCCAUUCUCCUUGGCAUAUCACAUUUGUCUUUUGAGCUUGGAAGUUCUCCUUGUUCCUUGCCUUUGAAUAGGGAGGAUUGAUUCAUUGUCUUUGUAGGACUUCGAUGUGAGGCAGCAUGUUUCUGCCUCUGCACAGCCAGAAGACACCUUAUUUACUUUUUGCCCAAUACUUUUGACUCACCCUGUUAACCAUUCAUUCUUGUCUAUUAAAUUGUCAUCUCAGAGAAUAAAAUAAUAAAUUACCAUAUAAAUGGGGACAGCUUCUCUUUACAAGUAAAUUGUGAAUUACAUCUUCACAGACGUGUUGUCAAAUUCCUCAAACUCAAUUGACACUGGAUAGUGUGACACAAAGUGAAAAAGCCAUAGAUUCUCUAAAACAUUUAGCUAUGAUAGAAAGGCUUUCAGUUAUCCCAGAGUGGUUGAUGAGAUAUCCAGGAAAGUGUGUUUUAAAAGACUGAAAAAAGCCUCUAUCUGUUUGGUUUUUUUUUUCCCUUGCAAUUAAAAAUAGAUUCCCUCAGUGUUUUCCAUAUCAGAAAUACCAAAUAUGUAACACUACCUGUUUAAAAAACAAAUUGACAACAAUAACAAUAACUUGGUUUGUUGAUUGGCUCAGUUUAGUCCUUUGAGAUAAAAGAGAAAACCUUCUCUAAAGAUAACAAGGCACAGUUAAAACUGUUGUAUAUCUGUUAUUCAUUCACAGCAUCCCUAGUACUUGUCUCAGGAUUCUUACUAUUCUCAGCCUUAGUGAUCUCUAUAGAAUGCUGUCAAAUUUACUGAAUGUCAAAAUGUACUGAAAUGUUCCACUGCAUUCUACUGGGUCUUGAGCAGGUGGGAAUAAAAAUGCUUGCACAUAGAAUUUUCGCUGGGGACAUUGCUGAUGUCAACAGGAGGCAAGCCCAUCUCUCAGAUGGUAGUAUCCCAGUUUAGCAGCCCUGUGUUGAUUAGAGUCACCCAGUUUAUAGACUGGAGGGCAGAGCACACAUUGUGACAUGAGGGAAAUGCAUUGUUUUGGUGGCUGAGUCAAAGGGAAGCACAGGAAAAUAUUUUUUUUCUGGGAUUUGCUCUCAGCAAGUCAUUUAUAGUUGCACAUGGAGUUCUCAUAUGAACAGAUGUAGCUUCACUGAGCUUGUUAUUUUAAUGCUCUUACAUCAGGAGCUGAUUAGCUCAAUUAAGACUGGGUUUUAGAUUCCUAAUGAAAAUCAGCACUGACUAACGUGUGAAAGAAAAUCUCUGAGCCCUUCACAUUGCCAUUCCUAGCAAAUGGCUAAAAUGUUAAGAGCUGAAAAGCCUGAACAAGUCUAAUGUACAGUGGAAUUCAUGCCUUUGAAGCUCCAAAAGGUGCUGUGGUGAUCUGAUGUUGCCAUAGGAUUCUAUACUCACUUCCUAUCCUGCUGAACUCAGUAAAAAUUGGCAUGUACUUUUUGUUUGUAGCAUAGCUCCUCUUUGCUUUUUAUGGCUGAAAUCAUCACUGAAUUGCAUUUCUUU